CAGUCAUCAGCAUCUGUUUUCAUCGGACCCUUAUUUUGACAAUCGAAAAAUGUGUUCCAGUGUUUAGCUUUGUGCUACGACUAUUUGUAUCGCGAUUCCGGAGGUAAAUUUCCGAAAUUUCGUCCCUUCCCUUCGGCACAUCAUGGCUAGCAGCUCCCAGAUCCCGUUGGCUCAGCUUCAGCCUGUUUUCAAGGAAAUCGUCGAACACAUUUUCAAUCGCUGGACCGCUCUUCGACUGGCGGUAGAACAUGGCAUGGGAGGACCGCUGGGAUUGAAUACUGCAAUAGAAAUUAUUAAUUAUAUUACCUGUUACUGUACGGAAAAUAAAAAAGUCGAUUCCUACGACCUGCGGGAAGUUAUGGAAGAAAUCAUGGACCAGGAAUUCGAAACCAUUUGUGAAGAUGAGUCCGUUGAUGAAAUCAGCGAUCUCCUGGUCAAAUACCUGAACAUGUUGAAGGAAAACAAAGAAGACCAGGUGAGGCUGGAAUUAGCUCGAAUGGGUCCGUGCGAGAUUUGGAUCAAGUCAGGAAAUAGAAUAAAAAUGCAAUCGAUGGACGACAGCAGCGGAACCGAUGCUGAUGAUGAUGACAUGGAUCAGGAUCAAGAUAUGGAUAUGGAGUCAACGCCACCCGCGACAAGAUCAGAUAUGAAUCCCUCCCCUAGUACGCAAGGUUCAACGACACAGUUUCUCGAGGAAGAUGUAGAUCCGGGAUGGACACAGGUUCGCGGUAGGCGAAGAAGAUAAAACAUUGAAUGGGGAAUAAUAAUGCGUGGCUGGAAAAUCAAUUUCGUAAGGAUUGUGUGUUCGGAUGACGACCUGUAAUAUAUUUCUACCUACUCGUAA